AUGGGCAGCUACCUGAGCACACCCAAGCCCGCGACACAACCCCUCACUCAAGGGCGCCCGAACCCGUGGUCCAGGCCUUCCCAGGCGGAGGACGGUGGGCCCCGCAUCCGCUUCAGACCCCUCCCACGGAUGCCGCCCAACUGGGACCCCUCACAGCCGCAGAGGGUGGUCACUGAGGCAUGGAGGCGCUUUCCUGCCAAGCCGCCUCCUGAGACAGUCCUGGGGCCAGAUCUCUCCAGCGCCUGGGAGAGUUACAUGAAGCGGUGCCUUUGGAGUGCCCGUCACCCAAGACGGAUCUGGAGCCCUGUGACGAUCAGGAUCGCGCCCCCUGAACACAGAGGGAGCCCCUGGGUGUCCCGGGCACAGGCUCCCAGUGCCUGCCCUGCAGGGCAUCCACCUGCAGAGGAGCGCCCAGACCCCUGUGCCAAGGAGACCGUGCUGAGGGCUCUCAGCCAGUGCCAGAAGGGGAACAGGAAGUUUAAUGGGCCCCUCUGGUUUGAGAUCCCAGAGAGCAGGAGCAGGAGGCAGAAGCCGGAGCCCAGGCCAUCUGCCUUCAAGCCCCUGAUCAGAAAUGGUGUGGUCCCUUCCUUCGUGCCAAGACCAGGGCCUCUGAGCAGAAGCCUUCACUCCUGGAGCGACAACGUCUGCAGGGAAGUUGCUGACCUCCAGCCUGAUGGCCAGCCUUCACUGUCUGCUGCCCACCCCACUGCAGGGGCGGUGUCUGCCCAGGGCCCAGAUCCUCUGCUGCAGAGCUGGGAGAAGAUGCAACGCUCCUGGGGCCUCCCACCCUCCUCCAGUGCAUAA